ACUAAACGCACCGAUCGUAGUAAUUCCAAAUUGCUCAUCGUUAGAAAGCGUGUUUUCGACGUGAACCAUAGGAAGGGAAGGGCUUUCUUGCUUCCUACUCUCUCCAUCCAAUCCGCCGCUCUCCCAUCUCCGCCUCGCCCGCCAGGAAUAAAUGGAAGAUAAUCCUCAAGUAGAUGAUAUAUCGACCGAGGUUGCUUCUGAAAAUGCAUCUAAGCAGAAGCAAGAAACCCUUGAAGAGAUGCUUUCUAGACACCGGAAGGAGACCAACGAUUUGCAGAACAAGGAAAUGGCUAUGAAAAAGGCAGCUGCUAAAGGAAGCAAGGCCGAGCAGAAGGCUAAAAAGAAGCAAGUUGAAGAAGAGAUAACCCGACUUUCAGCAAAACUUAAAGAAAAGCAAGCCGAGGAACUGGCUUCGAUGGGUUACGCUGGAACUGCCAAUAAAGAGAAAGGAAGUCUCGAUAAUCUGGUGAAAGCCAUUGCCGGCGUUUCAGUCACAAACAAUACAGAGCAGCCGAAACCUAGUAAGGGCGUGAAAAGGCGCGAGAAACGAGCCCAACAGGAAGCAGCCAGGGAGCAAAGAAUACAAGAAGAGCAGAGCCAGAUUGUAAGCAAUCGAUCAAUAGAAGAUCAAAAGUUGGAACAAAAACUCAAGCCUCUCGGAUACACUAUCAACGAGAUCAAGCCAGACGGACACUGUCUAUAUCGAGCUGUGGAGGAUCAGUUGGCCCUACACUCGGGAGGCUCUUCUCCAUACAGUUACCAAGAGCUUCGGCAAAUGGUCGCUGCUUACAUGCGGAAAAACACAACAGAUUUUCUACCCUUCUUCCUAUCUGAGAAUGUGGUCGACGAACAAUCAGAGGCCACUCUUGCCGAAAGGUUUGAAAACUACUGCAGGGAAAUCGAGUCGACAGCAGCGUGGGGCGGACAGCUGGAACUCGGUGCCCUAACCCAUUGUCUGAAGAAACACAUCAUGGUAUUCUCGGGAUCCUUCCCCGACGUAGAGAUGGGAAAAGAAUACAAAUCUGGCGAUGCACAGUUAUCAUUAUCAAGCAUCACACUGUCGUAUCACCGGCACGCUUUUGGGCUCGGCGAGCACUAUAAUUCUGUCAUCCCGGUCAAGUUCAAUAGCGAAUAGGGAAGAGGUAUUUGUUCCUAUGAUCCUUAAAACCAAUUUUGAGAGGAUAAUCUGGUUGCCAUUCUGAUUCCAUGACUAAAAAGUUGGGAUUUUUUAAAGUUGUCAAUGAUCAGGUAACCUCAGUUGAAACUAUUUCAAUAUUUGAAAGGUACACAGUA